UGCAAGUUGCUGACAGGACACAAUAUUCAAGCAACGUCAUAAUUUAUAUAAACAAAACCAGAGUUACACGUCGUUUUCAAAAGUAGUGAUACCUAGUUUCAUUAUAGGUCCGAUUUACUGCAGUCAUGAGUCUUCAACAAUUACAGAACAUAACCGACAAACAUGUCGCGCGAUCAUCGGGUGAUCCUCCAACAUAUACAACUGGAAACGCCAAAGUGGUUAGCGUCCAUGAUGGCGAUACGUGUGAUUUGGUAUUUGUUAGAAACGGGCGUUUUGAGCGGUUCAAGUGUCGCUUGGCUAGCAUAAAUACUCCAGAAUUGAGCACUGGUUUAGGAGCACUGAAGGCACGCGAUUUUCUGGUCUGGUUGAGCCUCGGUAAAGACCCAUCUAGCUUUCCACACAGCAGCCAACCGUUCUCCGAGCAUCAAAUCCAGAGUAGCUUGGACGCAAACAAACAGUUGGUUUAUGUAGAAUUUCAAGGAAUUGGUGGAUAUGGAAGGCCUUUGGUUAUUUUAAAGAAGCAUCAAGGUGGAAAGUCGUUCAAUAAUCUACUUAUCGAGUAUGGGUAUGCUAAUGCAUACCACUGAUAUUGAUAUACUUUCAAAGAUAUUAGCAGAUGUACUAUUACAGCACUUUAUAAUAGUAUACAUCAUAUACAAUAAUUUAAAGCUGACAUUGUAAGCAUGCUUUUUAUGUUCCGCAAAUAUAACCAUCUUUUAAAUUGAAGAAACAUUGUAGGAAGGAACAGAUUAAUACUAAUAUACAGUUAGCCAUUAAAGUGAUAAUGUGGACUUUUCUAUUAAAAUUCAAAAUUAUAAUACCCUGAUUGCC